GAACGCCCCGGAGACGGAGGCCACCGCGUCCAAGGUCGAGGACCGCGACCCCAUCUUGGAUCAGUUGGUCAGCGAGCUGGACGCGGCGGACAUCGCGUCGCUGUCGGGGAUCAGCUCACCGGCAGCCCCCGACGAGCGGAAGGACUGGGCAAAGAGCUCGGUCAAGCGCGGGGGCCGCAAGGCCCAUCGUUUUCUCGCGGAGCCGCCACAGGCCCUCGGGCCUUGCGCCCCCGAUAGGGCGGCCUUAGCAAGGGGGCGCGGCGGCGGCAGCCAUGCAAAAUACACGGGAAACUACUGGCACGACUGCAAAGAGGCCAUCCCGAACAUGCAGGCUGCAGCGGCUCAGGCGGAGGCGCGCACCCGCCCUUCGCUUGCUCGCGUUCGGCACGCGCUGCCAGAGAUCAGGCCGCCCCUGCGACUCGGCGUGGACUGCUCCAACCCGAGGUCCUUCGACUUGUUGGGCGAUGACUUCGGGAAGAGGCUCGUCGACUUGACGAUGAUGCGGGAGUCCAAGCCCCAGCUGUCG